AUGGACGAUUCCAGAAAAGCAGAUGAGCAGGAGAGGGGUGUGGAUACCAUGGAAAAGUCGGUGGCCGUCAAGGUGCCGCUGCCGGCUCUGCUCGAUAUCAAGGCGGAAGCCCUGCGCUCGAACCCGUCUUUCGUCGUCACGUGCUUCUCCACGCUGCUGACAGCGGUGCUGUUGGGGUUGUGCUUCAUGAUUGUUGGGGUUCCACCCCUGUACAUCGCCGCUCGUCGAGGUAGGUGCAUCUACGUGGGUGUCAUGGUGCCCCUGCUGACAGUGAUCGGCACAGUGCUGAGCUACUAUGCUAUGCAGCACCCGCAGCGCGUGUUCAACUCAGCGUUGGCACAGAUUGUUAAGGAAACGGAGCAACACGCAGCCUACUUGAGCACCGCGGUGAACAACGUGGAGACGGAGUUGGAGACACGCCGGGUUACCCUGGGCUUGGCAUAUACACAUGAACCGGCCCGCAUGCGCAGUUUGCCGAUGGCCCCAGAAGAGUCGGGGCUGCAGCGCUUCUCUAGAAUUUCUAUGCCCGCGGGGGCGGCAGCAGGCAUGCUUGCCACACUACCCGCUAUCAGCGGUCCCGGCCUCCUUCACGGCAUCGACGAGCUCGAGGAGGAGCGGGGCAUGAUCAUUGCCACCGUUCAUGUAGGUAAGGAGUGGCGUUGGUUAAUGGGCCUGCUAGGGAAGCUGAACCUGCGGAGCUUGACGGGAUCGGCGAACCCCGUGGUGCAUCACCAACGCAUCGCCGUGCGCGCCCUGGUGAUCAGUGUUGCGCGGGUGGAGCGGAUGAUCUUGUCGCUGUACUUCUCCUCUUUUGUGCUGAACCGGGCCAAUGCAGCUGCGGCUGUCAACCCGUCGGGCCUCGCUGCCUCCAAGAGCGUCGCAGGCUGCGGUUCUGGCUUCGGCCACAGCGCACAGAGGCACCAGGAGUCUGCGCACGGGCGCACCUCGACGUCGAUGUUUGAGCCGUCGGCGCCAAUCAUGACAUCGGUGAAGCUGCACCCCUCGCACAAGCCCGGUCAUGAGCUGGGUGACUCGUCCACGGAGAGCGUUUUCACCGUCCCCCGGGAGACGCCGAACGAGAGCAGAGACCGUGCGGAGAGCGGCGGCGCUGGCGAGGAGAUGACCUCGCAGCUCACCUCGCUCAAUGUGAAGGGCCUCCCCUUUGGGAGGGUGAAAUUGCCGCAGUUUCCGCCGCUGCUCACUGAAAACACAGGCAGCAGAAAGCCCCAGAAGACGCACGCCCAUGCGCACAAGGGGCCGUCUGUGGCCAGGGGAGCAGCCACUGCGUCAGCUCCGGUGCAGCGUGUCUUGCACCUGGACACCGACGCCCAAGUGACGGAUGAGAAGGCACAGAGGCCGGACAAAGCCUCCGCCAGCGAGCACAGCGUGCGCUCCCUUGCCGACACGAACAAGGCCGACGAAGCGAGUGACCAAGGCGGAGGUAGCGGCGAUAACUCACCGCUGGCGGUGGGCAAGGAGUGGCGCAGGUCAACCAUCAUCCCCUCAUCAUUAGUAGGGCACGCCGCGACACUGUGCAUUCAGAGUCACACCGUCGCCGCCGCAGAAAACGCGGCGAACAAGGCGUUCAUGGACGGCAACGCGGGAGGAAGCGGGGCCGUCUUGUCGCAUUGCUUGAGCAUCUCGGCGCAGCAUCCGGAGCAACAGCUGUCGAGUGGGGGAGAUAAUGGCGACAGCGUGGGAAGAAGCUGCACAGUUGCACCUCACUCUGAUGGAAACGCCACCGGAGCUUCACCGAUAUCGUCUCCGCGGUCAAGACCACGGCUGGCUCGCUCCACGCAUAGCCGGCAGCCCGGCUCCGCCGUCGUCGCGAACCCCUCUCUCACGCUAAACCGUGGGGCGCGCUUCAUCGGGGACGAGAACAGCGUCUUUGCCACAGUGCUGAUUCACGUGGAGAAGGGCAACUCGGCGUGCGGCUCUCGCCUCUACGGUGCACAGGCACACGCCAGCUACGACGCAUCAGCGAACAGGCACUACUUCACCAACGGGGCCGACUCCUCGCUCACGCACUCCUGUGGCUUUCAUCCCUUCACAAUCUUCUACAUCUCCAAUCACAAAGGCCAGCGCGAAAGGCUGACCACUCGGGAGCAGCAACUGCUGGAGUUUGUGUACUGCCGUCCUGAGGAACCGUCAGAGCUAGACUCCGUGAACCACCGUUGUGCGACGGACUUGUCCUCGCUAGCGGUUCGCGACACCGGACAAUGCAGCGGAGACACGGUAGCAGCUGCCGCGACGACCCACGCGGGCAGGUCGACCGCCAGCUUUGCGCGCGAGACGGCGAAUCCGCCUAGCAGCACCUCGCACCACGCCUCUAACUCCGUCUUCACAGAGCCGCGCGUGGACUCCUUUAUUGUCGCCAUGCAAAUCUUGCAAGACCGCCCCAUGCGCCUCACCUUCCUGCCUGUUGUCAUGGCACCGGUGCAGCCCAAGGGCACACCGCUGGUCCACAACGACGCCACCAUGCAGCCGUUGAAAGCGGCAUGUCGCACGGACUUGGAGAGCACCGGCAAGGAACUGCACCUAGCCAGUGGCGGUGGUAUUCGCAGCACACCCACGGCGUCGGCGAUCGCGAUGCCCGCGCGUGGCCGUUCCAGCAGCGGCGGCGUUGGCAGCUCCGACGACGGCGCCACUAACUCCACGCCAGAGGCGGUCCGUCGAACACCGUCGCCCACGACGGUGCCCGUGCUGGAGUGCGUGAUAGACGACGUGCUCUGCAUCUUGACAGAGAUAGAAAUCACUGUGGACACCUCCUUCAAACGACCAUCAAAGGUGCUUCUGAACGGUGUGUCUCUGGAAGACGUAUCCGAGGAGGGCUCCGAGCGCGGCGAAAUCGGCGUGGACGAAGACGAGGGAGUGUCUCAAGACUCAGUGGAGGGUAGCACCGGGAGCCAAAGUCUCUAUGGCGCUGGCGACACGAAGCAGCCGACCGAUCUUCGCGGCCUGCCGCGGCAGCGGGCAGGGAAUGAGGCGGAGGUGAUCCAACAAGGCAUCCGGAGUGUCAUGGCUACACCGAGAGGUCGGGUAAUGCUGCGGCAUGGGGACUCCAGAUCAGUGGCAUCGCUGAACCGGUACAAGCAUGGUGAGCGGUCCACCCUUGGGCAGGAGUUUAGUGAGGUGAUCCAUCUUGAGUAA